AUGGCAGGCCACCACCACAAGCUGGCCCUUGACCCGGCCCUGGUCAAAUUGGGACACAUGCAGAGCAACAGACACAUCUUCUUCCGCUGGACCCCGAGAACCGCUCGCGUCACCUUCAUGUACGCCGUCUUUGUGCCAUUCGUCGUCGGCUACAUUGGCUACAAGACCGACGGUCUCUGGGACCUCCGCGCGAAGCGCAAGGGCGACCUGGUUUACGAGCGAUAG